UUUAACACCAGAUGGCAGAUAUGCACCUCGGACGGACUGACGCCAACUAAUUCUGAAAUAUAGUCGCGCAAAACACUGCGAAAAGUUGAAAUUGUAAUUUCAAUCUUGGAGAUAUUAUUGAGUUGUUUUUACAUUAUUAAGUCGUUUUGUGUAUAGUGGAUAAUAUUAAUAAUAAAUAAAUCAAACUCAAGACCAAUUACUAUAGAAAGAAUUAAUUUUUUCUGAAAGUUUUCAAAUAAAAACAAAACAUGGCACACUAUAAAGGAGCAGCCAGUGAAGCUGGUAGAGCAAUGCAGUUAAUGAAGAAAAGAGAAAUUGCUCAACAAGAAAUAGAAUUAAGGAAAAAGAAGAUAGAAGAUGACCUGAAGAUUCACAAUAUAGAGAAUAAAUUUGCAACACAUUAUAAUGCUGUUGAACAGCAAUUGAAAACAUCUACGAUAGGUUUAGUCACAUUGAAUGAAAUGAAAGCAAAACAAGAGAACAUAGUUAAAGAAAGAGAGAGGAAACUUGCGCAAAAAGAACGCGAAAAAGAACAGGAGAAGGAACGUGCUCUUGCUGCAAAGCAAGCUGAAAAGAAUAAACAAAAGAAACAAAUACAAGCUUUGUCAUUCAGUUUAGAAGAGGAUGAAGUGGAAGUAUCCAGUGAAGAAGAGCCAGAAGUAAAAUUAGAGAAAAAGAUGGAUAGCGAUGAUGAUAAACCAGUGAUAAAAAAGAUUAAAAAAAAUCCAGAUGUGGACACAAGUUUUCUGCCUGACAGAGAAAGAGAAGAAGAAGAAAAUAGGUUGAGGGAAGAAUUGAGACAAGAGUGGGCAAGAAAGCAAAAUGCAUUAAAAGAGGAGGAGAUUGAAAUCACUUUCAGUUAUUGGGAUGGUUCUGGACACAGGCGAAGUGUUAUUAUGAAGAAAGGUAAUUCCAUUUACCAACUUCUUCAAAGAUGCUUGGAGGUUUUGCGGCGUGAAUUCAGUGAAUUAAAAACAGUCAUGGCUGACCAAUUAAUGUACGUGAAAGAAGAUCUAAUCCUGCCACAUCAUUAUACAUUUUAUGAUUUUAUUGUGACAAAGGCACGAGGCAAAAGUGGACCACUUUUCACGUUCGAUGUUCACGAUGAUAUUCGUGUCAUGCACGAUGCUUCUGUUGAAACAGAAGAGUCCCAUGCUGGAAAAGUUUUGCUCAGGUCUUGGUAUGAAAGAAACAAGCACAUAUUUCCUGCCAGCAGAUGGGAGCCAUUCGAUCCAACCAAAAGUUAUGACAAGUACACGGUGUCCGAUAAAAAUAGGAAAAAGGAUAAAAUUUAAUAUUCGUAAUAUAGAAAAUUGUUGUACAGGGUCGACAGUGCACAUUGUGUUCAAUAUAAAAGCAUAAGUUGAAUAUAUUCUUGCAGGUAUUAAAUAUUCGAAACGUGUAUUAAUAUAUAUAUUUAAUUAUAGUCAUUUGAAAUUUA